AUGGAUCGACCUCAUGAUUCCCUGUUUCUGCAAAGAAAGGACCGAGGUGACGCCUCAAGAGGAGAAUAUGGUUUGGUGAACUCCACUACUGUGGAUACUCACGAUGAUGAUGAGAACGACGAGGAUGAUGCUGAGGAAGAAUUCCGCAAGGAUGCGGCUUCUAACAUGGAGGCCUUUGAGUUGGAACAAGGACUCACGCCGUCUUCAUCGUCAUCAUCAUCGUCUCCUUGGUGUUGCCAGCGAAUCCUAUUCACUCCGAUGUUUCCCGAUGAUCGAUUUGACUGCUGUGGCGCAACAUUAUUUGAUGGGGUGCAAGCAGUUCGAUGCUUCAAAUUCAAUGUCAUCACCUGGGUGGCUCUUAUUGCAAUGUACUAUUUUGUCAGAUGGAUGGACCUUGAAAAUGAUCACAAUUAUACCAUUCCAGACAUGAUUCUACAUGAAUCCAAUCCCAUCAUGGUAGAUACCAUGUUCUUUUUUGUGGUGGGGCGAUUGUACAAACAACGAGGAAUUGACCACAUUGCAUGGAUCAGCACAAUGAUUGCCAGUGGUCUCUUUGCGUCUAUGGAAACCUACUUUCCCUUUUUGCAGCAUUCCUUCACUUUGUAUUCCAUUCAUUGUCUCUGGCCCUGGGAACUUUGGGCCUUUGUCGUUGGCCUGGUCACGCUUUGCAGUGCCUUGGGCAUUUUGCAUGUUCGAACCAUUAUACAACAAGAGAUUGUGGGCAUCAAGGUCUUUGAAAUAACACUCUGCAUUCUGAUAUUCUUGCUGCCACCCAUGUCCAGCCCCUACUUUCAUUUUCAUCAUUGGUUUGCAGGAUGGCUUCUUGGGAUGCACUGCAAUUUAGAUGUUUGGUGGAGUAGAUUAACCAUGGCCUGGUGCUGGGGAGCAUACAUCAAUGGGAUCGCCGUGUAUGGGAGGGACCCAUUACUGACGUGUGGCUAUGCAUUUUACUUGAGCUGGAGCAAUCGAUGUCCAUACCUCCAGUGCUAUCUCGAUGAAAUGAAAAACCACACUCAUUCAGGGUAUCAAAUCAUGGAAGUUCAAGACUGGAGGAAUUGUUCCGCCUCGGACUAUUUGCCAUGA